AUGAACUUGUCGAAUCCAAGAGAUGAGGAUUUCGCCCGUGACGACGAAGCCUGGCUUGACCGCGACGCGCACGCUCAUUUGCGCAGUGUCGAUGAAGGCUCCGAAGAGGCGUUCGAUAACCCUCAAGCCGGCGAUAUCGUCAGGUUCGCAGAUCUCAUGCGCUCACGCAGUUUGAGUGGAAGCUGGAGGAGCCGGCAAGGCUGUGAAGGGUCAGUCAGUGGCUCUGUCAAGAUAGAUUGUUUGAUGCUUGCCUUCUUGUCCCCUGCGUUGGCCAUGCUUCGUUGCUGCAUGUGGCGUUGUUGUCCAGGUGUCGAGAUGGAAGGUCAAGAUGCGAGUGUGUUUGCUCACAAGCGUUCCAAGCUCAGGCAGCUGCCCGAAAUGGCGGGUCUUCACAUGCAAACGCCAGCAAACAUCUUCAUGACCGCACGCAGACAUGUCACUAUGCGUGAUGAUCUACUGCAUCAGAUCGGUGCACUGUUUGCUUCCCCGACGAUCGAUUUAUUUCUAGUCGUGAUAAGUUCUUGCCAAGACACAACUCCCCAAGUCUAUUUCGUGGCACCUGAACGCCAACUCCAGGCUUGCUAUCAUCAAGAGCGAAAACAUAUUGACGUUGUCCUCUCGGGGUGGAAGCCAGUAUCCAUCGCCGUGGAGAUGCCUUUGUCAGAACUCCAUAAUGCUGGUACUUGGGCGAGUGCUGGCCGUCAUUCGCUUUUCGAACGUGAUUGUCAAGUCCAUCUUCUCGGUGUGGAUAUGCUUGAGACACAUUUGCUCGAAAGCAACAACUCGCUUGACCUCAGCAUCGCUCUGCACGCAGAUGGAAAAUGA